GUCUACAAGUUUAGCUGAACAGCUCAACACAAACACAAACCCUCGCCAUGACAGUUACCCUCCGACACAAACCACAAACAGUGCAAAUAUUUUUAGAGAAGUAGCAGCUCGGAAUGAAGGUUAUUUUCUGAACGGUAGCUGGCUCGCUGCUACAGUUAGCAAGCCGAGCUACAGUGAAAAGCUAGUUAGCUAAGAGGCUAAAUUAGCCGAUGUAAAGUGAAACAAUGGAAGGGAUUCUGUACAAAUGGACGAAUUACAUGACAGGUUGGCAGCCACGCUGGUUUGUCUUAGAGAAUGGAGUCAUCUCUUAUUACGACAGCGAGGACGACGUCGGUAAAGGAAGCAAAGGAUCCAUCAAGAUGUCUGUGUGUGACAUUAAAGUUCAUCCGACGGAUCCCACGCGUCUGGAGUUGAUCAUCCCCGGCGAGCAGCAUUUCUACGUCCGAGCUGUGAACGCUGCGGAGAGACAGAGGUGGCUGGUGGCUUUAGGCUCGUCCAAAGCUGGAACACUGGAAAGUCACAAUCACAGAGGUCCAGACUGUCUGAAGACGAAGAUGUCUGAACUUCGUCUGUACUGCGACCUCCUCGUCCAGCAGGUCCAAACCAUCCAAUCACAGCACACCGCCGACACAGACACCACGCCCACUUCUGAGGCCUCUCUCCUCAGUGCGACCUGUGCAACUUUUAUCAGGACUUUGGAGGAAUGUAUGACCCUGGCUAACCAGAGUUUGACCCCUGACCUCCGACCUCCUGAAAGGAUGAAGAGGUCGAUCAGUCACCCUGGAACAUACAGCUUUGACAGGUCAGGUGUGCUGAAGGAGUACGUGAGCGCAGGUCAAAAGACGAGCCAGCGCAGGAACAGGACAUGCUCCGACAGCUCUGUUUAUGAUACUGAACGUGUGCUACCCAGUCUCAACGGUGACCCGUCCUCCAUUCCCGAGGAGAGAGGAGGAGGAGGCAGCGCGAGCCCGAAGACCACACCCACCGACACAGACACCGACCUGUCCAUCUGAAGACCUGACGUCCACCCGAACCCUGCUGACCUCUGAACUCUGUGAGGGCUCAAGAACAAUGACAAGAUCAAUAUCAGUGAGAUAUUGACGUCAUCUUUAUUAAAUCGGCCGACACUUGACUUCUACCAGGAACGUCCUUCUUGUGCUUUUUUCUCUGAAGUCAGCUGACUGCCAAACACGUGCACUUUGGAAUCAUAAUUAGUUUUUCUUUAAGGCUUUCUUUAAGUUGCACAGCACACACUGGAGAGACAGAGAAGACAAGAAGUACACAUCGCUUUAACUUUCUCUACGGAUCAACAAGUCACCACAUUCACACCAUGGACUCACGUCAGAGUCAGACUUCAGACGCUCAAACCCCUCGAGAAAUCUGUGAGCAGAUAACCCCAGUUAAUCUAGUGGACUUUGUUAGUGGCAAUCAGAUAAUGACUGUGAUGGUAUUAGGCAGCACCCUGGCACAGUAUGAAUAUAUAUAUAAAAUAACUGUGAAUUCCUGUUUUCUGGACAGUUUUAGAUGAUUGUUCACUGUUUUAAAUGGACCUGAGAAUGUACAGAGAUUUUUGAGUUGUUGGGACAUCGAAACCCGGCGACCGUGUCACAGCAGCGUCAGUAUUUUCUGCCUUUCCCACAUGUUCAACAACUCAUCAGAUUUUUUUUUCUUUCUUUCCCCCCGGAGCAUCUUCUCCAUUUCCUCUUCCAGGAGGGAGUGUAGCUGAGGAUGAAUAGGACCGAUGAGCGGCACCUUCGCAGGCUCCUGAGGGCCAGUUCCUCUCUGUUGCAGUUUACAGACGCAGAGAGCAGAGGAGCUUGGGUGCCAAAGUUUGCACAAAUGCAAUGAUCUACAUUAAAUGUGCCAUUGUUUUUUGUAUUUUUUUUUUUGUUUUGUUUUUCCAACAAACCUUCUCGUAGUUCAGCCAGAACAGAGCUUUGGUCUUUGAAACUGGGGUGAGGAGAAGGACGAGACUCCAGUUUGAUCUGCAGCUCUCUGUUUCUGCUGGGACGUUUUUCACCUGCUCUGCAAAGACAAGUCAGAUCAGGUGAACAGAGUCUGUAAAUCACAGACACGUGUGAAUGUGCGCGAGUUACUGCCUUUUAAUGUUUGUAUUUCUUCAGUAUUUAUUUGCCUUUUGGUGACGAUAUUCCAUCCAAACGUGACACUGAAAAAGAAAUAAGUACGGCGGCCCAGGAAGCUCAAUACACUGCAACUUAAGAGAACAAAAAAAUAAAUAAAUAAAUACAAAGAAAUAUCUGCAGCAGUUUGGCAACACGUGAACAUCAGUCAGACGUUUGUUUCAGUUUUUACUUUCUUACUUUCUAACUCAGAUUUUUCUGUGUGUGGAGUAAGAAACUGUACAAACUCCAACCCUAGGAACAACUUCCAUGCCUGGACGAGCUCCUCAGGCUUCAGUGUCUCCCUGGGAACUUUGUUUUGUUUCAUUGUUCCACUUGCAGCACUUUAGUAUUUGUUUUUCUUGACUGAAUUUGGUCGUGCCGUUUCGUUUGUGUGAACCUGGAUGUGUUGCUUUUUUUUUGUGUGUGUUUAAUCAGUUUAAAUGUUUAAAGUCUCUUGAGUCACAGUGCACUGAGCUCGCAGGGCCAACGUGAAUGAGAGCUUAAAGUGACUGACAGGAGGUUCAGAUGACGUCUUUUGCUAAUUGUUGUCAGCUGCUCUACCUGUCUCUGCCAAAGCAAACAACUUAGCAUGUUUGAUUUUUGAUGCGCAGCUAGAAAAUCCGGGCAUCGAAAACACUGACAGGUGUCAGCCAGCAAAGCUAACACCCGUGAAUCUGAUUUCCUGUGUUGAUGAAUCACCUCUGAAGUCUUGUGACAUAUUUAAACACACGCAAAAGACGUCAAGCUGAACACAAACAAUCGUGAAGUAAACAAUCCUGGCGGUGAGUCCGAAACCCUGGAGGAUUAAACUGAUCUUGGGUCUGUUUCCUGUAAGAGAGAGAUGUCACCUGCUGAACCCAUCCUAAACCAGUUCACUCCUUCCCACGUCAGCCUUGACCAAAACCAUGUUUUGAUGAUGUAGUGCAUUUCUAUUUACCUUAACAUUAACAUGCAGGUUCAAAAUGCUGUGGAUUCUGACCGCAGCUGUCGUACAUGAAACUUCCUAAAAGUCUGAAUCUUUCAGGUAUUUUCACUUCACUUUCAAACAGUCAUUAGAGAGAAUAAAAUUAACUCAGUUGCGUAACCUCACAGUAAGUAUGUUUUGCACUUUAGAGUUCAACCCAGUCCUUUUUUUUUAUUGAAUGUUUGUGCUCUGAAAAAAAGGACGACAGUGACAAAGGUACUGUGGUGGAAAACAGUGAAAAUGAAAUUAAUGUUGUUGUUUUUUUAACGAACAGUUAUUGUUACUAGUUUGUGUCUCAUUUUUUUAAAGGAUGUUUUGCAGCCUUAUAUAAAACAGUACCAGUAUGUAAACGUACAAGACUUCUUUCUUGUAUUACUUCUACCAAAAUGUGUGUGUUCAGGAUUUGCCUUGAACAUGCGGAAAAACUGUUGAUCCCUUCACUUUCUCUUAAAUACUGUGAGGAAAUGUUUCUCCAAAGGCUUCUGGUCGUUUCCAGUAAAAAAACAACAAGAGCUCAGUCUGUGAUCAGAGACAGUUUCAGCCGCACAUGUUGGCUCCAUGUUCUGCUGCUGAUGUUAAAUAACUAGUGAUUUCAUCAUUAUUUUUUAUCUUCACAGGAUCAUUUGUUUUCCAGUCAGAUUAUUUUACUUAAACGUAAAUUGGAUUUUGUAGCUAAAGCUUAAAACAGCUACAAAUGAAUUGGUAAACAGUUAAAUUGAGAGCAGAUGAAAAUACAAUGAACAUUUGCUGUAAAUUCUCUCCUCAAAUAUAUAAUAUAUACAAUACAAUAUGGUUUUGACUCAACAGCAGCAUCUUGGACAAACUUGUCUCUUUAAAGGAAUAGUGCAACACUUUUUGGUCAAUACAUCACUUCCUUGGCAAGAGAAGACUGAUGCCUCUCUCGUAUUGAUCCAGCACAUAAUCCAUAAUCGUGUAGGUGGAUCUUGUUACCUUUAGAUUCACCUGUUUCCAGUCUUUGUGCUAAGCUAAGCUAAUGCAGCUUGAUGUGACGCACACAGAUACGAGAGUGGUCAUCAAACUUCUCUGCGAAUAAACUCAUCUCAUCAAAAAUGUCCAAAUAUUCCUUCUUCUUGAGCUCAGCGUCUUGUUUACAGGAGGAACAAAUAACUGAAGUAAACUGCUGAAUUACGACUGAAUUUUAUUUUUCUUUAUCGUAGAUGUUUUCACUGACGCCCAGUUCAACCUGGACAAACCAGUGACAGAGAGAUUUUCAUGCCUUAAGUGUCUCUGCACGAGGUGAUGUGUGGUUGUGUCGGACUUUUCAUUGUAUAAAUAAAAAACAUAUUUUAAACUGAAGUGAAUGUAUGCUUGUUUCGUAUUGUGUAUUAAAUAG